AUCUUUUAACCGUUGGCUCGUCCCAUUCCUCAAAACUUCAAGUCAUCAACUUUUCAACACUUCUCAAUCAAUUGCAACAUCAUAUCAUUUCACAAAGCAUCAAGCCUCACAUAUCGCUAUUUCAGACUGUAUUACACUUGGCAUUAUGGCGGUUGUCAGCGCCACAACCAACACAGAGCCCAAGGCAACAUCACCCGUCGAGCCUUGGAGAGCCGCUCUAGAUGAGGUAAUUGCCAUCCAGGAGAGUUGGGGAGACCAACAAGAAUCGGAAUAUGCUUCAAUCAUUCUCAAAAUGCUUCUCGCUUUUCCUGAAAAGGGUUACUUGGCCACACUUGAAGCUUCACUCCGCAUAGGAGCAGAUUACUGGGCCAAAUAUCUCCCUUCCAGUGUUGAUCCUCUCAACAAGCCUUAUCGGUUGGCAGAUAAAGGCUGGCGCAUGUAUCUUUAUGGCUUUUACGAGACAUUCCUUGAGCAAGCGUGGCUGUUGCGUUAUGACGAUCCUCGGCAAGACUGCUUGGUGCACCUCCUGAUGGACUUGCAGAACCUGCCCAAGGUGACAUACCGGAGCUAUGGUGUACGUUAUUGUUUUCAUCUACCUGUCUUAUUUUUCUUUCUUUUUUUUUUUCACAGAAGCCUUCGCUUACUGUUCCUCCAGAAAGAGUGGAUUGCGUAUCACAAUGAUUCAGUUUGGGGGGAAUUGGUGGACGAUAAGUGGAAUGCAAAGUUUGCGUCCGAUCAAGCUGAACCGACGGAACCCGAGGCAAAGAAGGACUUCAUUCUCACUUGUGAUGAGUGGGUCAACUACUCCUGCUUCUUGGCUCGGUUUUCUGGCUCCGAAGCCCACAUUGCGUAUGAAGGUCAAUCGAAAUGGCCGAGCAUCGAUGUUGAGCUGGCACUCGAAAAGCCCAUUCCUGCUGGAAAGCUCGGCCAAUGUAGACUGUUGGUGGCGUCGAAUUGGUUGAUUCAUGCUGGCAAGUUCAUCUACGAGGAUAUGAAGAAGACGGGCGCGGAGAGGUGGGGCCUAGGAAGAUGGGGUCGAUGGACGGAGGCAAUUCGAGGCAUCUUGAAGGCUGGGGAGCAGACUGACGAAGUGACCGCGAGACUACAAGCGGCCUUGGACACGAUCGUCUCGUUGACACCAGAUGCCAUUGAGGUUAAGGAGAGCACUGGAGCCGAGGAAAGCAGUGAAGGCGCUGAGAUGAAGGAGAGCAGCGAGGUGAAGAAGAGCAGUGAGGUGAAGGAGAGCGGUGAAGUAAAGAAUAGUAGUGAGGAGAAGGAGGCUGGUGAGGCCAAGUAGUUAUUGGAACUGUUAAAUACAUAAAUCAGAUAUUCCAGGGUUUGUCCAAGCGCACAAACAUGUAACGCACUGGACUAAGGUAUUUAGCCUAGAGAGCUGUACAAACUGAACAUAGACUUAGCA